AUGAAGAAUGUUAAUUUUGUAAUAUUUCUGUUCGUAACUUUUUGCAUAUUAUUGCCAACUUCAAUUAUAGCCGUGCUUCCUGGAACUUGGCCAGCAUUAAAUGUUCCUCCACCAGCAAAUGCAAAUUAUACAAAACUUGUAGAUGCAACUAAACUUAGGAACGCUCCAGUUAAUAAAGUAAAUUCUACUGCUUGCGCGGCUACUGACACCUACUGUUAUUGGACUUGCACCCUUUGUACUCGAAACGAUACUGACGUUGUUCGUUGUCCUAACAAGUUAGAUUGGGGUCUUACUUUAGAUGAUGGUCCAACUCUUGGACUAUUUAGACACUCAAAAUAUCAAAGUCAUCAAAUCGGUGUACAUACUUGGUCACAUACUGCUCUAACUACCCAAACCACCGAAACAGUCAUUGCCGAGCUUAUGUAUACUGCUGAUGCUAUAAAAGCCGCUCUUAAUGUUACUCCUAAAUAUAUGCGUCCUCCAUUUGGAGAUUACGAUGAUCGAAUUCGUGAUAUUUCGACUCAACUUGGUAUGAAACCGACUAUUUGGGAUUUAGACACUAACGAUUGGUUGUCGGCCGAUGAUCCAACUUUUCAAAUUUCCUGGGUCACUGCUAAUUUUACUCAAUGG